AUGGCGGAUAUAAGACGAUUUGGCUUUACCUUGCUAUCAAAAGGGGAAGAUUCUGGAGGACCAGGAGGACCGUCUGCGACCAUUAUCUUUGUCCAUGGGCUUGGGGGACAUCCUAGAUCCACUUGGGCCAUUCCCGUAGAGCACCACCGCAGCAAGAUUAGCGGACUCGACCUUGGGAAGAUGCUCUCCUCGUUACGUCUCAAACAAGUUGAGUCCAAGGUUGAAACGAAGAGUGAAAAUCCAAGGGAAGCUAGUAAUCUACCAAUAUUCUGGCCGGAGGACUUUUUGUCACAGUCAGUACCGAAUGCGACAAUUAUGACGUACGGUUACGAUGCAGAUGCCAUCGGCGACUUCUUCGCGCGUGAUGGAAGAAGUAAAAACACCAUCUCGCAGCAUGGGCAAGACCUGAUGGUCAAAUUAGGGUUUCAUAUUUCCGGUGAAGUAUUGCAGUCGAAGUGUUAUACCAAUGAAAAUAGUCCAGAAUUCCUGACAUAUACUAGAACCCGAUCAUCUUCAUUGCUCACAGCUUGGGCGGGAUCAUUGUCAAAGAUGGCCAAAUCUAGCGACAAAGAGAUAUUUACUUCAAUCCAUAAGCGAACGCAUUGUGUCAUUUUCCUAGGAACGCCUCAUCGUGGUAGCGGAACUGCCGAAUUCGGAAGGACCUUGGCAAAUAUUGCAGCUGCGUCGCUGAAAGAUUUCAAUGUCAAUCUUUUACGUUCCUUGAGUGUCGAUAGCGAGGUUCUUUCGAACAUACACGCCGAAUUCGUGAGGAUGUUGAAUGCAGAAGAUUUCUUUGUGCAUUCUUUCCAAGAAGGACAUGGGUACACGAGUUGGAAGGGUAUAAAUGGAAAGGAACCUAAUUUGGCAGCGAAGGUAGUAAAUGAUUUCUCAUCAAUGUUUGACAAUUACAAGCACCAAAUUAUCGAGACCAUUGCAGCGAACCAUAUUCAGAUGACUCAAUUUGCGAGCCGGAAAGACGAGGGCUAUAGACAAGUUUUGCAGGCUGUGCUCUAUUAUAUCAGCUUGAUCCCACAGAAUGGACGUCCUCUUAAUUCCCUCUCAUAUACUAUUCCGGCCGGUCAUUUCAUGGUACCAUUUUCAGAAAAUCCUGAAUUUGUGAUCCGUCCUUCUUAUAUAGAGCAAUUGGAAAGCGGUUUACAUGGAAAAAACCAACACUCCCGACUUGCAUUAGUAGGUCUUAGUGGGAUUGGCAAGUCACAGAUAGCCUUGCAUUACGCCUAUAAGCACAAACGAAAGUCUCCAGAAACGUCCAUAUUCUGGGUUCGUGCCAGCAACUUAGCAAAGUUUAAGGAGGACUACCGGAAAAUCGCCACAACCGUUAACCUACCAGAAAGCAAAGAUCCGAACUCGAACAUACUACAGGUCGUGGAGACUUGGUUGAGCAGUAAGGAUUGUGGUAAUUGGAUAAUGAUUAUUGACAGUGCUGACGAUUCUAACCUUUUUUUCCCUGGAGAUAUAAACAAAUUUUCGACUUUGGAUGACGUUACGCUACAGGAUAAGCCGCUUUUUGCGUAUAUUCCGCAGAAUUCCAACGGCUCCGUCAUCUUCACAGCUAAUGAUCGUCGUGCCGGCAUACGGCUUACUGGCAAUCAAAUUCUUAUUACUGUUGAGAAGAUGACUCCUUCAGAAGAGUUGAAGUUAGUAAGGAGCAAGCUAGGCAUCGACAAUGCCAUAAUUGAAGAUAUGGCUGAGUUUCUGGAGGAAAUGGCACACCUGCCUCUCGCCAUUGUCCAAGCUGCAGCUUUCAUUCGGGAGAAUUCGAUCACUAUCUCUAAUUUUCUUCGAAUAUACCGCCACAGCGAUAUCAACCAGUACAAACUCUUGGGUCGCGAGUUCAUUGAUCUGGGACGGGAUUUGGAACGACCUAGUGCUAUUUUGACAAUCGUGCUGGCAUCUCUUAAUCGGAUGAAGGAGAAAACCCCCCAAGCGGCAGCGUUAAUAUCAUUGGUGAGCUUUAUGGAUUGGCAGAACAUUCCAGUAUCGCUUAUCUAUUCGGAAAAUGAGAGCCUUUUGGAAUUUGAAGAGGCCCUCGGGACACUGAAACGGUUUUCAUUCAUUACAGCACACCGUGGAAACCGGUUCUUUGAGAUACAUCGUCUUGUACACUUGGCAACACGCAAAUGGGUGAUUGAUCAUGGCGAAAAAGAAAUAUGGGCAAAAGAGGCAUUGCGGUUAAUGUCAGAGCGCUUCCCGAAAGGAGAGAAGGAGGACUGGAGGACGUGUGCUGAAUAUUCUCAACACGCAGAGGCCACUCUAAAGCUUAGCCUUAGCCAUCAGACAGAUGACAAGACAGAUGCUCUCCGUCGAUCGAGCCUCCUUUACCAUCUGUCAUGGUUUCUUUGGUAUCAAGGAGACUUCUCCAAAGCAAGGGAACAUGCCGAAGAAGCUUAUGAGCUGAGCAGACGAUUUAUCGGGCUAGAAAACGUACAGACCCUGGACAGCCUCAGCAUGUUAGCUACAAUUUCUCGGUCCCAGGGAAAUUACACAGAGGCAGAGCAGAUGAGCCGACAAGAACUCACACUUUGUGAAAAAAUACUAGGAAAGUCAGAUCAACGGACAGUGAUCAGUCUUGGCAAUCUCGCAUCUUCGCUUCUGAAGCUAGGGAAAUAUCAUGAUGCAGAAGAAAGAUGUCUUCAGGCUCUGGCAGUCUAUGAACAAUCUGUUCGCAAGGAAGAAGUUCGAACGGAAGACCCUACUAUGUUGACCACGAUCGCUAUCUUGGCAUCAGCACUUGUGUUUCAAGAAAAGUACGAAGAAGCAGAAGAGCCCAGCCGAAGGGCUCUGCGAGGAUACGAAAAAGUACAUGAAAAGGGCCAUCGUCACAUAAUGACUGCUAUGGGCACCUUAACAUCCGUACUUGUAGGACGAAAGAAAUAUUCCGACGCAGAGCAGUUGAGCCGAGAGGUUGUGGAAAUCGGUAUAGCGGAGUUCGGGGAAGACAAUCCAGACACCUUGUCCAGCAUGAUCAAUCUAGCUGUAGUGCUUCGACAUCAAGAGAAGUACGGGGAGGCCGAAAAAUGCUGUCGGACAGCUCUAAAUGGACUCGAAGGAAAGCUUGGUCUAAAUCAUCCUCACACGCUGACCUGUGUCUUUCAUCUAGCCUUGAUACUUCACGGUCGAAAGGACUAUGAAGAAUCAGAGGCCUUAUGCUGGCGGACAUUGAAAGGGAGAGUGGAAAUCUUGGGGAACGACCAUCCUGCUACUAUAAAGUGCUUAAAGAAAUUACUAGAGGUUUUACGAGAUCAGGGGAGAUGCGGUGAAGCAGAGGAAGCAAAGCGACAAUUUGAGGAGGGGGAACUGAUCUAA